AAAACCCCUAUAUCAAUGGAUAUGCUUGGACGCAUUUUUAAUGGAUCAGGAAGACCGAUAGACAAUGGUCCUCCUGUAUUUCCUGAGGCUUACUUGGAUAUUUCAAGAAGUGCAAUCAACCCUAGAGAGAGAACCUAUCCUGAAGAGAUGAUCCAGACGGGGAUAUUUACGAUUGAUGUCAUGAACUCCAUCGCCCGUGGACAGAAGAUUCCUCUCUUCUCUGCUGCUGGGCUUCCUCAUAAUGAAAUAGCCGCCCAGAUUUGUCAUCAGGCUGGUCUAGUGAAGCGAUUAGAGAAGUCUGUAAAUCUCAUGGAGGAUGGAGUGGAGGACAAUUUUGCCAUUGUUUUUGCAGCUAUGGGAGUCAACAUGGAGACAGCUCAGUUCUUCAAACGUGAUUUUGAAGAAAAUGGUUCAAUGAAGAGAGUGACCCUUUUUCUAAACCUGGUAUCGUGAUUAGCUUUAAUAUAACCCAUUAUCAUGGUGUUUAUAUUAUUAUUACUGUAUUAGCCAUUGACCAUCUUAUGUUUACUUCAAUUGGUGCUGAUUAAUGAAAAGAUGCUGAUUAGUUGUUGGGUUGAAACUUGCUUUUCU